CUCCGCCACAAGGCUACGCUCUGCAAUCCUUCGAGAAGAGUGGUAAGAGGCAGCGAGGAGAGAGGAUCGUGUUCGUGUGGUGUGUUCGUGGCGGCCAGGGAUGGAGAGCUUGAGGAGGUUCCUGAACCCGCUGGUGCUCAACCUGCAGAAGAUGGAGCUGGAACUCACCUGCCCCGUCUGUCUGAAGUUGCUCAGCGCGCCUACCAUGCUGCCAUGUUACCACACUUCCUGCAGCAAGUGUGCUACUACACGGACCAUGAAUGGUUACAGCUGCGCCAUUUGCAAAUCAGCCUAUCGUUCUCAAGACCUAAAGCCUGCCUCUCACCUCGAGGCAAUAGUGAACAUCCACAGGAGCCUAAGCUCUACUGUCAGCAGCAUGGUCACGCAGCAGGAGGUUCAAGCUGAUAUUCCUGUUGCAAAGACAUCAUUCCAAGGAACACCAGAAUCGGGAAACAAAAAUGGAGCGGAAAAGGCUGACCAGAUGAACUCCUACAAUCCGAUUGGUUCUAAGCUGGCAUACAACCAGUCAACCGAGUCAACCAGGCCUGCAUAUGGAAAUGUGGAUUUCGCGAAAGAAAGGAAUCCUGCAAUGGAAACCAGAGGUGCUGAUGUGACUGCUAUGCCCACAAUUCUUAUGCAUAAGGGACCCUGCGGAUCUCAAUCUUCUGAUGGUCCUAGGGAUCUGGAUUGUGACAGCAAUGACCUUGAAGGAGAGCUGAUAACGAGCAGAUCAUCUCCUCAAAGUGUCCUGAAAAGAGAUCCAAAUGUAGUGAAUGAUGAUAAUAGAGAGUUGAAGAGGCAAAAGUCCACUGAUCAGGAUGACAGACCACCAGCCAUUCCUGGUGCUUGGAAAUGUGAAUUUUGUCACUCUUCCAAAACCACUGAGAGUACUGGACCUUUGUCGCAUUAUCUGCAUGGUGAGCCAUUAGAGGAUAGCCAAGCGUGGAAAUCAAAUGUUCUUCAUGUUCAUGAAAAAUGCAUUGAAUGGGCUCCUCAAGCAUUCUUUACUGGUGACAUUGCAAAUAACUUGGAGCCCGAGUUGGCCCGUGCUUCUAAGAUCAAAUGCAGUGUUUGCGGACUAAAAGGUGCAGCCCUUGGCUGCCUUGUCAAGAGCUGCCGGAAGAGCUUCCAUGUCCCUUGUGCCCAUGGGAUCCCAGGCUGCCGAUGGGAUGAAGAAAACUUUGUUAUGCUGUGUCCUUCUCAUUCCUCAAAGAAGUUGCCAUGUGAGAGAUCAAAGUCAAAAACUAAGAUCAGGCUACAGCGAUCAUCUUCUGAUACGGUGCUUGAUGACCUGAACUCACCAUCUCCAAUCCAAAUGGAUGGACUUUGGACUGCCUCGCCUUUUCUCACUAGUCAAUGGGUGAUAUGUGGAUCCGCUCUCUCUAGUCAGGAGAAGGAAAUCUUGGACCAGUUUGAGCACCAAACUGGCAUCACAGUAACUAACAGCUGGAGGUCGAAUGUGACUCAUGUAAUUGCUAAUACAGAUGAACGCGGGGCAUGUGCCAGGACACUCAAGGUUCUCAUGGCCAUACUAGCUGGGAAAUGGGUUCUGAAUAUAAACUGGCUGAAAGCUUGUAUGGAGGCUAGAGAACCAGUCCCAGAAGAGCCCUAUGAGAUCAAUUCCGAUGUUCAUGGCUCCUUUGAUGGCCCUCGCAUGGGAAGACUACGGAUGAUGCAAAAUGCACCACAUCUGUUUGCAGGACUGACUUUUUACUUCAGUGGCCAUUUCAUGCCAAAUUACAAGGUUCACCUUGAAGAUUUGAUCACCGCAGCUGGGGGAUCGAUCUUGGACAAGGCUGAUAUCUCUACCACAUCCGUGAUAUUGUACAGCAUGGAGCCGCCACAAGGAAGUAAUCCAGAUACACUUAACGAGGUUAUCAGAAAGAGAAAGGCCGAGGCUGAAGAAUUGGCGUCAACAGUUGGCUGCAGGGCUGUUCCUCAUACAUGUGUUCUGGAUUCUAUUGCAUCAUGCACCGUUCAAUUGGCCAUGUGAGCUGUAUCUUAGGUUAGAAGUUACUAGGAUUAAUAUUUUCUCUCUUUUUUUUCAUUUUUUUGGGUGGGGGAAGGGAUCUUCUCGAUUGAAAAUAUCUUCCAGAUGUAGCUGUAACGUGAACAAGCAAUUUAAUUCAAAUAAUCU